UCGACCUCCCGCUGUGAAGGUGGCCUCAAAGCUUGCUUAAGGUACAUCGAAUCCAGCUAAUUUUUUUUACAUCGCUGGUAUUGCGUACCUUAAGCUGACCUUCCCCUGUAAUGUGGACCUGGCCUCAGUCUGAAAGCUUAAGAUUUGAAUGCUGCAUUUAUCUUGUGGUGGCCCUCUGUAUAGGAGUGAAUUUUACCAUGUACGUUUAAACAGAGAGAAACUUCAUAACCUCUCACCUACUUAAAUUGUGUAACUGCCAUGCACUGUAAUGUAGGCUGCAUAAAUCUUUUUUACUUUCAUGUUGGAGCCAGUUGUGGCUGACAGACAAUCCAUAGCGCAAUUCAGCACAUCCUGUAAGUAACAGUAGAGUGGCAAUUGCUUAUGAAACUGAAUCUAACAGGCAAAGGUAUUCAAACAGAAAUUAAAUUUAAGUGCAACAGACUAUUUGUUUCAUGCUUGAAGACUCUGGCUUUGAAAAUCGAAGCAUAAAUAUUUUUGCCAUAUUGAUAAAGUAGCACAAGACAGCCAUUAUUCUGGGCCAAUGUUGUAUUCUACUGCUGCCAUCUCUUUUCAAACAGAGUUUUCUUAAUAAGUCAAUUGCAGUAUGUAAAGAUUUGCUAUAGGGUGGUUGUUGUUUUUUAAUUUAGAAGACAUUUCCUUUGGUCUAACAUAGCGGUGAGCAAUAACCAGCCCGCAGGACAGAUGCAGUUCCCCAGGGUAAGCCCUUGGCAGGCCACUGCCACUUUAUUUACCUGAGCCUCCGCAGAUACAGGCACUUGCAGUUCCCAUUAGCUGUGGAUCACUGUUCCUGGCCAAUGGGAGCUGUAGGAAGUGGUGUCCUAGUUUGCACUGCUUCCUGCAGCUCCCAUUGGCUGCAAAUGGCAACCUGCAACCAAUAGGAGGUACAGGUAAAUAAAGCAGCGGCAGCCCAUCAAGGGCUAACCCUGGCAAAUUACCUCUGGCAUAUUGCCCAUCUCUCAUCUAAUGUAACAUAAGUGUUUAGAUUAUGUCAGUGACUGUUCUCCUCUACCCCUUAAUAUAUUAAUGUGGGGUACAGUUGCUCACAUUGGAGGCAGGGCUUGGUGUAUCAUGGCCAUAUUUUUAUGACGAUACUUUCUGUACAAAAGCUGUUUUUCUGUUUUAUGUGAUCAGAGACUUGGAUAUUUCUGAAACCAAUUGAAAUAUUUUUAUACUCUUGAAUGUUUAGGAUCACAGAAAAUUUACUUUUCCGUCUUUUUAAUUAAAGAAGUUAGUUUUUGAAAGCUUGUUUUGAUCAGUCCAUUUCCCUUGCCUGUAGCACUGAUAUCUACUAUAGAUAAGUGUUGUUAGCUUUUUUUACAUUAGGGGACUGUACUCCAAAGAUUCUGAAAUUGUUGUAAUGGACUUAAAAUUGUGCCUAAAUCUAGAAAAAGAGGAGUUACUUCAGCUGAUGGAGCAUUUUCAAGGGUUUUUGUUUUCUGAUAAAUCUUGCCCAAGUUUGAACAGUGAUGCCUGAAGAACUCCAAGGGUGUGAAUGAAUGGGGGGAUCAAGGUACCUUCUAAGGUGCAUGGCUGAGCAGUUUCCCAUUAAACCCCACACAGGGGCUUGGGCUGCAGCUGGGAGAGAGACCUCGCCCUAAGCCCUGAAGCUGCUACGGUUGGCAGCGAGGCACCUCUCCCUACCGGCCCCAGAGGGAGCAGUUGCGGGGAGGGGAGAAGGGCCCCUCCCUGCCAGUCCCCACAUGGAGCUGCCCAUACCAGCAGUCCAGAGCCUGGACUCCCUCCUUGUACACCAAUCCCUAGGCCUGAGCCCCUUUCCAAACUUGAAGACCCCUGUUGCAUCCCAAGCCCCUCAUUCCUGGACCCACCCAGGAAUUGGAGCCCUCACCCCCUCCUACAUGCCAAACCCCUGCCUCAACCUGCAGCCCCCUUCUGUAUUCUGAAACCCUCAGUCCCAGUCCACUCUUGCACUCCAUACCUCACACCUCUGACCCCAUGGCAGAGCCCUUGCACCCCAACCCUCUGUUUUAGCCCUGCACCUCUUCAUUCUACCCCAGAGCCAUCACCCCCAGCUGCAGCCUUCAUACCCUGGGACCCCAACCCUCUUCCCCAGGCCUAAACCCCCUUCUACACUCAGAGCCCUUUGGCCCUACUCCGGCCACAGGAGUUUUGUUAUGUGUACCAAUAUGAAGGUGAUAUAUCACACAUCACUCCACAUUAGUGCACAUGACAAAAUUCAAUCUGCUCAGGGGGUGGAAAAAUUAGAGCGAACACUGGAAAAAGGGCCAAACAUUCCAAUAACUGACACUAUAAUUUUUUUCUUGAAAUUGUGAAUUUUUCCUAAGAGACUUGCUUAGGCUUAAGAUGCUGCUGGACAAAUGUUCACAUACACUUGGUGUGGUCUAGCAUUGCAAUCUUCAUUAAAAGUUGUCAAACACAGCCUUGACUAUAACAGUUUUCAAAUGAUUUAUAAGUUGGGGCUUGCUAUGGGAGCUAUGUAUUUGAGCGGUGGAGGUGUACUUAUGACCAGUCAGUGUAUACCUUGUAAAAACAGGAUUUUGGGGUUGGGGAAGAAUAGGAUUAUUUCCACGGAUUUUUGCUGGGAGUUCUAUUAUUCAUGCGCUUUGAUAAUCACACUCUCUCUCUCUCUCUCUCUCUCUCUGUCUCUCUCUCCUGUGUUUCUGUAAUAUAUCCACAGCAAGCUCUGAAGUUGGUAUAUUGGAGGUUGCUGAGGGUAGCCAAAAAUGAGGCAGUUGUCAUUAGCUGGUUUUCCUUUAUAUCAUAAAAAUGUGGACUGAGUUCUGACAUAACUUGGUUUCUCUGCAGACUGUAACAGAACAGAGUGAAGUCUUCUCCAGGUUUAAAACUUUGUGGAAAAGUCUCUUGAAGAUAUUAAGUAAAUUAUGUUUUAGUGACUGGCUGUCAUGGUGUUACAAGUCUAUUUGAAUAGACUCCGUAAUCUGUGUGGGUUGGCAGGGGUAGGGAGUAUAAGUGAAAUCUAAUGUGCAAGCAGAUGGGGAAAUCCUGAUAAAGGUAGAAAUUAAUUUCACAUGCUUCUUGCACCAAAUUGAGCUUUGGUAGACAAGAGAAAUUUUGCUAUCAUCAAAGAAGGAUUGUUCUUGGUCUUAAAAUCUUGCGGUAUUGGCAGAACUCUAGUAACUUAUGUCAGAGCCUAUGACUUUUUUUUGCAGAUUGUUAAAUGUUCUCCAAAAGUUUUAAAAGGACACUAUCUGGAGAAAGCCCUUUUCGGAAGGGUGACUGGAGAGUGGCUUUACUUUGUCUCAUUCUUCAGACUGCACAGGGGAGCGUCUUCCUUUUUGCUUCUGAUGGAUGAUUAAUUGAAAGUUUAAUGAGGUUUAAGCAGAUCAGUCUAAUUUGCUUGGGGCCCAAAAUAUAAAUGUUGUAAGACACUUGUACCAAAAAUAAUCCCUACCUAAGACCAACAGAGAGAUAGUAAGGGUUGUUUGUUUGUUUUUUAAGUCUACUGAAAACAGUUUCGCUUUUUUAAACAAAUGCCCCCUGCAGUGCUUAGAAUUCAAACAAUAAAACUCAAACAGAAAAAUGAAACUGACUAAAGACCAAUGUUGCAAACUGCUCAUUGUCCAAACACAACAUAAAUAGCGGAAAGUAAAAUUAGAUUAAAAAACUAGAAGAACAUUAAAAGCCAGAAUGCUAAAGUAGAAGGAAAUAUAUUUAAAAUACAAUGUAAGUUGAUAGUACUGCUGUAAAUGUAUGACAUCCCUUGGAAAUGCAGGGUGUUCCCCAGCUGCUGCUUAGACAGGAAGGGCAGUGGCUUGGCCUAACAAUACUGAUCUUGUUCUUUUAAGGCAACUGAAUCUUAAGGCCCCAAUCCUGCUGGCUAAUUGUCGUAGGUACACUCUUGCACUAAUGCAGUGCCCCUCUGAAGUCAGUGGGGUUCUGAGGGUGCAAGGCCUCUGUCUACAUGGAUCCAUUUGUAGGGUCAGCUCGUGAAAUUUUACAGUACACAUUAUGAAACUCUAAGUUCCCAUGUCCAUUUCAUUUCCUGUAUGCUAAUUAGAUGUUCCCCAAGCUGAGUGUGUUCUAAAGAGAAAGUUUAAUAUUCACUUUAAUUGUCUGGCACUGAUUUGUUUUCAUUUUCUUUUGGGGGACAGGGAAGGAGGAGUCCUCUGAUUAUUAAUUGCCUAUGGUGCUUGAUGAGACACAUGAUUGGAAUCUGGUAUGUGAUGAUGACUGGAAAGCUCCCUUAACUGCCUCCUUGUUUUUUGUGGGUGUACUGGUUGGAUCCUUCAUAUCAGGACAGCUCUCAGACAAGUUUGGCAGGAAGAAAGUUCUGUUUGCGACCAUGGGGGUGCAAACCGGCUUCAGCUUCCUGCAGGUCUUCUCUACCAGCUGGGAGAUGUUUUCAGUGCUCUUUGUCAUAGUCGGCAUGGGACAGAUCUCUAACUAUGUGGCAGCUUUUGUACUUGGCACAGAAAUUCUUGGCAAAACAGUUCGUAUUAUAUUCUGCACAUUAGGCGUUUGCAUAUUUUAUGCAAUUGGCUACAUGUUGCUGCCACUGUUUGCUUACUUCAUCAGAGACUGGCGGAUGCUGCUUCUGGCUCUUACUUUACCUGGGCUACUUUGCAUUCCACUGUGGUGGGUUGUUCCAGAAUCUCCUCGCUGGCUAAUCUCUCAAGGAAGAUUACAAGAGGCAGAAAUCAUCAUCCGAAAGGCCGCAAAAACAAAUGGUAUUACAGCCCCAGAUGUAAUAUUUGACCCUAUGGAGCUGCAGGAAAUGACUUCUCAGAAGCAGCAGACACACACCAUUUUGGACCUAGUGAGGACCCAAAAUAUCCGAUUUGUCACUAUUAUGUCAGUGAUCCUUUGGAUGAUAAUCUCUGUGGGCUACUUUGGCCUCUCACUUGACACUCCUAACUUGCAUGGAGAUGCCUAUGUAAAUUGUUUCCUCUCUGCGGUUAUCGAAGUCCCCGCCUAUGUUAUAGCCUGGGUGCUUCUCCGAAAUCUCCCCCGACGGUAUUCGAUGGCUGCUGCGUUAUUCCUGGGAGGCUGCGUCCUUCUCUUCAUUCAGCUGGUCCCUGCACACCUUCAUGUCCUGUCCAUUAUCUUGGUGAUGCUGGGUAAAUUUGGGAUUACAUCUUCCUUUUCAAUGGUUUAUGUUUACACUGCUGAGCUGUACCCAACAGUCGUGAGGAAUAUGGGAGUUGGAGCUAGUUCUAUGGCCUCCAGAUUGGGCAGCAUCCUCUCGCCUUACUUUGUUUACCUUGGUGCCUAUGACCGAUUCCUGCCUUACAUCCUUAUGGGAAGCCUCACUGUGCUGACAGGAAUCCUUACUCUGUUUCUCCCAGAAAGCUAUGGCACACCUCUCCCAGACACCAUAGAACAGAUGCUGAGGGUUAAAGGACUCAAGCACAGACAUACAUCUAAUAGCACCAGGGUUUCAAAGGAUGAAGAGGAAAACCCAGCAAUUCUUAAAAGCACAUCUUUUUGAUGACACUACAUUGUACACUUCAUGAUGGACUGAAAAGUGAACUGACUUUUCAUUUAAUUUUCCUUCCAGAAAGGGUUAGCAGCAACACUUUGUCCUGUAAUUAUAAACUUAUUUAUUAAAUGAAAUACUGUUUUCCAAAAAAGAUGUAGAUACUGCAAAUCCCUGUGUUGAGAUCUCCAGCCACAAUAAUUUAAUGUCAGUAACUCAGAACUAUAUUGGACAAAUGCAGUUUAUAAUUUUAUGAGACUAUGACACUCUUACUGUAGACCUCACUCUCUGAAAGGUGCUUGUCAAUAAGAGCUGACGGAUUGACUUCAGUCCUUAAGGAACUUAAGAUAAUGCAUGUUAACAAGAGUUAAAAAUUGCCAGCUCUUUCCAAAUUAUAAGACGAGGCUGCCUGUGAUGCUGAAUUUCUCAACAUGUGCACACGUGCACACACACCCAUAUCUGCCCCCAGGCAAGCCGGUUGUUAUAAAGUAACAAAGUUUGUGAAAAGAUCUAGCCUGGCAAUUUUAUAUCAUGACAUAAAUAGUACACAGGGGGCUUUGCACAUGCGUAAUUCCUGAACAACUCCAGGGAUGAAACAAAGAAAAACUUUGGAAAAAAAUGAAUUUGAAAACUUGACUUUAUUUUAGCUGGAAAUGGAUUGAGAUUUUCAUGCACAAAUCAUUUGUAAUUAAGUUUUGGUAGCAAAAUAAUUCUGAUUGUUGGAAAUACCUUUUUAAUAUGACCACAGGGUGAAGCUGUUUACAUCUGAUAUUGGGGUGCAUCCUAGAUGUUUAUUUAUUUUUAACACUAUAAAUAGGUUUCAUCGGUAUUUCUUUUAUCCUUUUAGGAUACAGUAUAUAAGCUAAUCCCGCUAAAUUCUGCACCGUUUGAUUGGGGGCAGUAUGUCUGUUUUCAAAACUUUUUAUUUCUUGUUUUACUCUUUUUUGUCAGUUUCCUCACAAUAUAGAGCUAAAUUCUACUCUCUGGUGUCUCUUUGCACCCACAUAGAAUGACUGCAGUGAGAUUACAUGGGUGUCGUUGAGACCGACAUUUAGUCUCAGGUCCUGGCCACAAGCUCUUACCUAAGAGCCAUGAAUGUCAUUUUACGCGUUCUGUUUUCUCACUAAUAUCAUGGAACCAGUGAAUGUUUUUAAAGCGUAAAUGCCAAGAAAUCGUGUUGAAAAUCUGCCAAGAGCCAAUUCUUUUGAUCACAGAAGCUGCCUUGGUAGCAGUUGUGUGUCUUUCAGGAAAACUUCUGUUUUUCUUUCAUUUGGGCACAUUUUUUCACACUGGGAGAGGUUUAAGAAGUUAAUUUCAUGAAGCAUUCUGUGGUAUUUAAAUUUGUUUGGAAUGGUUUAAUAAAUAGACUUACAUGCCAGUGAUCAAAACAGUUAAAAGUUUUUCUUUCUGGAAAAUCAGCUGUUUACAAAUGUUUAACAUUUUACUACUGUGUUAAAUUUAGUAGCAGCUAAUUAUCUUGAUUGCCAGUGUGCCUUCCUCUCUCCCUGCAGACCAUGCUGUAGCAGCAGGUUUGGCACCAGAUCCUCUUGCCUUACAGAUGUAUUUUGUAGACCUCUCUCUCUUUAUUACCUUUGUCACAUACUGCACUGUGCUGGGGAGGGGUGAGGGGGAGUGAGCGCUGAUCCUGACCUGGUCCUGUAGUUCUGCAUGUCCACGGUUAAAAGUGUGAGAUUUGAUGUAGCUUAUCCCUUUAUUAAAUCUCUUAUCAGAUGUGCAAUUGGUAGCUCUUUAAUCAUCUGAUGGAAGUAACUAGACAUUGUCAAGUGUUACUGGAUUUGGGGGCAUAAAACCGAUAAAUUAUCCUGUGGUAAAAGGGAGCUGCAAGUAACAUGCAAGGCCCUAUUAACCUUUAAAGAUAGAUUUGUUGUUUCAUGCUCCUCCCUUAAACAUUCCCUUGUCCUGUUAGGGCCAUUAUGAGAUCUGGAGUAAGUUUUGCAAAAUUGACAUGGGUCUACACCAUACUCUACACCGGUCUCAGCUCACAUACCACUGCCUUAUAAAAUCCACUUGUCAGGGACUUGUCACUAUCAAGGCAAGAGCGACUCCUUUGAGUCUGCUUUGGCUCACUCUGGUUACAGUGUUUUGACUCUGUUUGCAUUUUCCCCUCAUAAGCACUGUACUUUGCAACAUUCCUACCACAAACAAACAUUCUGUAUCACUUCGAGCCUAUGUAUACAGUUUGCACUGGGGGAGUAAUGCCCAACUCUAGGAAAUGUGCCUGCUUUAGCUAGCAGAGGGCUAGCAUGCUAAAAAUAGCGUAGCCACAACAUGGUUACACAAUAUGGUUAGCCACAGGAGGGCUAACGGCACCAAACACAUGGAAUUUUAGUGCCAAGUCAAAGUGUAGACAUACUGCCUUUCUGUGUCUAUGUGAACUUUCUCCUAUGCAUGAGAUCAUUGAAAUCUGUUCUAAAAUAUAACUUGAAAUCUUAUAGCACAUGUGCUUUUAGUUGAUGCCUAAUCUAAAACUGGGAUAAACUCCUGGCCAAGGUCUGAAAUGCCCUUAACACCUCAUUUAGCUGUUGCUUUUCUCCAUUGAUUUAUUCUAAGUCACUUGACAGUGAGUUUUUCUUUCUUGAAUUUUUAAACAUUCCAGUGUUUACUGAGCAAUCUUAAGAGUAAUGGUUGAGCCACAUGAAUGGGGAAUUUCUCUGUUGUGAUGCAAGUCAGAUAAAUCAUGGCAACAAUGAACAAUUCUGAUGACACAGCAUGUAUUUUAAUGCACACUAGUCUUCUAAAAAUGGAAACUAUAACACAAAAUAUCAUCCAUGCGUCUGCAGUGUAUAUGGAUAUUUCUAUUAGUCUGAGUCACAAUUAACAGUUUACCCUAUGUACUGUUUUCACAAUUGGUUUUGUCACUCCAUAGCACAACCCAUGUGGGUUAUUUUUCUGUAUGACUCAGUGGAUUCUCUGAUCUUGAAAACAAUGUACUCAUUUUACUAAAAAUUACAUUGAAAAUGAUUACCUGAACCUACAGUGACCCCGUUAAUGGGAAUAGCAAGUAAAGUCUGGAGGUGCUUAGCAUAAUUGGUGGCACCAUAUCAUACCUAAACUUUGGCAGAGUCAUUUUGAGUGCUACAUAGCUUCAAGAGACACACUUAAUAGUGGUCUUUAAAGAUUCUGUUCGCCUGUCACUAGUUUGUAAUGUUUUGUAGGUUACGGUGGCAUUGAGACCUUCUGAAUUGCUCCAGUCUGAAUGUAACAUUUUUGCAAAGUCAGGUUUUGGGAAUAUUCCGUCCUUUCUAAAGAAACCAGCAUGUAAAUUUAACAGAAGCCUCCCUCCUUCCACGAAUCACUUUCUAAACUGGAAAGGCCCUAUAAAAGUAACAUUAGAACACAGGGUCCUUUAGUACCAGGUGGGGUUCCGAGGUGAUGUUAUCAAAGUGAAUCGUGUAGUUGCAGCUGCUAUUGUGUGAAGAUUUUUUUAAAUUCUAGUUUUUCAUUUGUACAAGCACAUUAGUUAGCAGCAGAACAUAAACAUGUACAGUUAAAGUCAUCUUUAUAGCUACCUCAGUUAAUAACUGAGGGCCCUGUUCUGUCACCCUUACCAUAUUCUGUGAGUAGUCUUACUAUUUUCAAAGGAUUAUGGUACUGCUCGUUGGAAGGAUGGCAGACUCUACCCCUGAAUGAGGGGCUAUGCUAAGAUGGUAAAUCCACUGUAAUAUUUACACCAGGAUAGCAUACAAAAUGAAAUCAGGAUGCUUUAGAAAAUUCAGAAUGGUUCACACAUUCUUUUCUUCAUCUGCUGGGAAUUGCUGCCUGCCUGUAUGGUAUGUAAGAUUCCUAGCUCAUAGAAAACCCCCAUCAUUUAUAUUAUCUUCUAUAUGAGAGACAUGGCCUAAUGGUCACAAGUACAAGGGCUAGGCACCAGGAAUGACUGGGUUUAGUUCUGGCUCUGAGAUUGACCCCCUUCUUCACUUUGAACAAGUCACUUUAGCCUUGGUACCUCAGUUUCCCAGUUCAUGACAUGAAGAUAACACCACUUCUCAAGGGUGUUGGAGUUAACGAAUGUUUGUGAAGAGUUAUGGAAAUGCUCAGGUUGAUUACCUGCCAUUCCCGAGCACUAGUUAGAAUUGGUAGCUUUACUUCCGAAUCUGGCUGUGAAUUUAACAUUAUAAUAUAUAGUGCUGAUUUUAUGUGUUGUUCUGUAGCACCUUCUGCCAGCUGAUCUCAGAGCACUUGUGACAUUAGCUUCACCAGUGCUGGUACCUCCUUUCGCACUCCUAAACUACAGAUUGGGAAAGAGAGGCACAAAGUGGAGGUGGCUGGGGCCGCAUAGAAAGUCUGUUUCAGAGACUGGUGUAGAACCUGGGUUUUCUGGUCUCCAAUCCUUUGGACAGGGCUGCCUUUGUGAAUGCAGGCUACAUUUAAAAUGUACAUUAUUCUUCCAAACGUGGUGAGACUAUCAUCUUUCAAUAGACUUUAAUUUGAUCAGAGGAUCCAUAAUAAUACUACUGCCAUGGUGCAGAUGUCUUGGAAACUGCUUGCCAUCGCUGUGGUAGGUGCCUAGCUUAACAUCUUUUAUGCCCUUGCCCCAAGUGGCUCAUCCAUUAUUAUAAAUUGCUCUCUGAGGCCCUAAGCCUGCAAGCACUUCUGCACAUGAGUAGCUUGGCUCACCCGAGUAGUCCUAUUGAACUCCAUGAAACACCUCCUGUGAAUCAUGUUGUGUGUGUUACUAGUUAUAGGAUUGAGCCGUAAAACUUGAAAGGCGUAGAAAUUAUUUGAUCUCAACAUGAAAUCAACUUAGAUAACCUAGUGCCUUGCUUGCAAAUGCAUCUUGGGGCACUUUAAUAUACCACUUAUGCCUAGGGCCUUGUAUAGAGAGAGCCAAAUAUUUUCAGAAUCAAAGAGUGGUUUCUCUUCUGAAUGUAAAUAUUAUUAAAUUACUUGAUUCUUAAAAUCAUUUUCCUGUAAAAAUUGUGAUACGAUUAUUUGUAAAAUUCUGAAUAAAAUCAUUCAA